GAUGGAAGAGAACGAGGAGAGUGAAGAACUGAGUGAAGUGGAGGAGAAACCUCUGAGUCACUCGAAAACUAAAAAUAAAUUUUUUAAGAAAAGAAGACCUGAGAAAUCUUUCACCUGCACUCAGUGUGGAACGAGUUUCACAUACAAAAACGCUCUUGAGAUUCACAUGAGAAUCCACACAGGAGAAAAGCCACACGCAUGUGAUCAAUGUGAAAAGAGUUUCCCAUGCAAACAAAGUCUUAAGAUUCACAUGAGAGUUCAUACUGGAGAGAGACCGUAUGCAUGUGAUCAAUGUGGAAAGAGUUUCCCAUACAGACGAAGUCUUGUGUUUCACAUGGAGGUUCAUACUGGAGAGAAGCCAUUCACAUGUGAUCAGUGUGGAAAGAGUUUCAUACAUUCAUCAAACUUUAAACGGCACAUGAAGAUCCAUACUGGAGAGAAGCCAUUCAUAUGUGAUCAGUGUGGAAAGAGUUUCAUACAUUCAUCAAACUUUAAACGGCACAUGAAGAUCCACACUGGAGAAAAGCCGUUCACAUGUGAUCAAUGUGGAAAGAGUUUCUCAUUAAAACAAAGUUUUGAUGCUCACAUGAGAAUACACAAUGGAGAACAUACGCACGCCUGUGAUCAAUGUGGCAAAACAUUUCUUGUGUCAUCAUCCCUGAAGAGACACCUGGCAGUUCAUACGAAGGAGAAGCCACAUUCAUGUUCUUAAUGUGGAAUGAGUUUUUCACAGCUGCAAAGUUUAAAAUCACAUCAGAAAACACAUACUGGUGUAAGAGCUUAUAUGUGCUUUAAGUGUGGGAAGACUUUUACUUUGGCAAUCAAUUUAAAACUGUACCAUAGGAUUCACACUGGAGAAAAACUUUAUAACUGUUCACACUGCGAGAAGAGAUUCUGAAGCUACACAUGAAGAUCCAUGCAGUAAAGAAACCAGACCACGGUGAUCCGUGCGGGCAGAGUUUCAUUCCGUUGCCUUCUUUAUUCACUCACAACAAUCAGUUGAAAUCAAAUUAAACAGUUCAUCUCUAUGUGCUGUGCAAUAAAGUUUUUUCUGUGCAAGUUAGUUUCCCAACAGCCACAAUUAGUAACAGGACAUUUUGUUGGUUGCUUGGAAAGUAUCUCAUUAUUAUGAGAAAGUAUGUCAUUAUUAUGAGAAAGUAUGUCAUUAUUAUGCGAUAUUAUGUCAGAGUUCCUCAAUAGGCGGCCUGUGCUAAUUUCAAGUAGUGUUAUCAAGGUAAUGUCGGCGUAAGCACGUCACUGGUGCGAAAAUUAAAACGCAUCAUUGACAGCUUAGUCUGACAGUGAAAAUCACACUCACCAUGAGUGUGGAGAAAAGUGGAAACGGAAAAUAGACGAUUCAAAUGUGAAUGGACUGAACAAAUGUAUUUUAUUUUGCCUGACCACCACAAUGCAAAGCCAUCGUAUUUGUUAUGCACGCAGACUAACAUGAAAUGCCAUUUCAAUACGUCAUUUUGACUGCAAUUAUCCAGAACAUUUGAGAGCUGCAAACAGAAGGUAACACAAUUGGUGGCAGCUUACAAGCAAUCAUUGCUGUUUUUCACAAAAACACAUCCAUACAGGUGAAUGUGUGUGCCUUGGAACCUGGCAAAGACCAAAAAGCCGUUCACAGAUGCCGAAUGAAUUAAAAACUGUGCAAUUCACAUUGUGGAGUAAGUUUUAAAGG